AAGCGCACGAAACGCGAGAAAUAUGGCCGCGAUAGCUGCGGAGCGUAUUGCUUGACAAGAGAGUUUCACGGUGCCAAUUAGUCAGAGAAUUGUCAGGAUGAUCGUUCUCUUCGUGUCGUGACGAGCGAGGUGCGGUUUCUCGGCUAACUGGCGCAUUCGACGGCAUGGAGUUGAGCCUGUCUAACACGGUGCUGACCGGUGAUCAACGAUUGAUCGAUCACAUAGUUGGCGAAGUCAAGUCCCAGGGUAUCUUCGACCAGUUCCGAAAGGAGUGCAUCGCCGAUGUUGACACAAAGCCUGCAUAUCAAAAUCUAAGGACGAGAGUUGAAGGCUCUGUAAACACUUUCCUUAGUAAGCAAGUAUGGAAACCAGAUUUAAACAAGAAUCAGCUCAGGGAAACCUUGCGCAAGCACAUACACGAUGCACCAUAUCUGGAUGCUGGUGUGGAACGGAUAGUAGACCAAGUGGUGAAUCCCAAGGUCUAUUCAGUUUUCAUGUCGCAGAUAGAGGACGUGGUGUACAAGUUCCUGGGUAUAGAAAGGCCAAAAAUAAAGGAAAAGAAUGGCGCUUGUGGCCUUAAAGAUUUGUUACCUAAAGAUUUGGAUCCAGUUUCACCAGAGUCUGACAAAAACAGUUUAAAGGAUGAAUCUCUUGAAUCCAUGGAUAUAAAUGACAUAAAUAAUCUCGACAGAAAACAAGAUGAGAAAAUCGACGAACAAAGACUGCAGGACGAUGGGACAUACCGGGAUAAGAACAGAACCGGUUCGGAAAAUGGACAUAUUUCCGUGGAGGAGAAAUUGUCAGAUGAAGCUUAUAAACUAUUACACAAGAAUGAAAGUAACUUGAACUUGAACACGUCCGCGAAGUCGGACGAUAAAAUGGAUGAUGAUGAAGAAGAGGUCAGUCCAACAUUCGAGCCUAUUGACAUUAUGAACCUAAAUGAAUCCAACAUUUCCAAUGAUUCGCAUUUGUCGGGUAUAUCGGAAUUGACGAGUCAUAGAUCCAGAAGCCCGGAUUUCUCGAACGAAUUGUCGCGGGAUAAUUUUGAAUAUAGCAAUCAGGAUUCUCAGCUUAGCAAAGUCUCCUCGGAUUCCCGAUUAUCAAUAGUGACGGACUUCGGUUCCUCUAAUCACGCUUUAACACCAGUACACGAUUCGUCGAGAGACGAAACGACGAAAGAUAAGUACGAAGCCAAAAGCAGUAAAGAUAAUUUUAAAGCAAUCAGAGAAUUGGAUUCGUCUAAGAAUAAAUCGAUCAAAAGCAAUUUUGACUUUGCUAAAGGUAAAGACGUGCAGGAUUAUAAAGACACAAAGGAUUUCAAGGGUACUAAAAUUGUAUCUUCUAAAGAAAAUUCUCGCGAUGCCACGGAUAGUAGUAUUAAAGAUAAAUAUGAGCAUAAGAGUCGAGAGAAGAGCAAAGACAGCGAAUACACCAAAUCGUCGAAAAGCACAUCGAAAGAAAAAACUACAAGUAAGGAUACGAAAUAUCACAAAGAUAAAAGCAACGAGAGAAAAAGAUCAAGCAGUGAGAAGUAUGAUAAACAUAGCAGUGACAAGUACGAUAAACAUAGUAAAAGUAAACCUAAAGAUAAAAUUGAACAAGCAAGAGAGAGUUCUGACAAAAUUAAAGAUAUUCCAGAUAAUUUAAAGGACAAUGUCAACAAGCUCAAAGAUGAGAAGCCCAAGGAGAUGGAUAAGAAAGAUAAUGUUAACAAGGAGGUGAAAGAUCUGAAAGAUAUUUAUAAGGAGAAAAUUAGAGAACUUCGAGAAAAGAAGGAAUUGACAGAGAAAGAAAAAUUGAAUAAGGACAAAGAUAUUAAACUUGUUAAAGAGAGUAAAGACAAGAAAGAUCCCCCUAAGGAUAAAAAACCGAUUAAGAAAGAACACAAAAGUUCGUCGUCAUCGUCAUCCUCGUCGUCAUCGAAAAAUCUCUCUGUAAAUUAUCACGAAAGUAAGAGCAGUAAGACGUCGGAGAAAACUACGGAUGGAAAAGAUAAACGAUCAGAUUCGAAGGAUAAAAUGAAACGGGAUGAGAGACGAUUGUCAAAAGAAAGUAAAGGUAAAAGUCAUUACAGCAGCAAGUCAGACUUAUCAGACAAAUCUGAUAAGUCGGACUCGAAGAAGGGUUCCAAAAGCGAGAAGGAAGAUAAGGGUGGAAAGGUGGAUGCGAAGAAGGAUAUUAAAAUAAGCAGUGAGAAAACGGUGAAUGGUAAGAAGGAUCCGAAAAGCCAUUUGCCACAGAGCAAGAGUUCCGAUCGUGCCGAGAAAUCAGAUGGAAGAAAGGAGUCAAAAACCGAUAACUCGUCCAAGGAUAAGAAGCGCAGAGAGGACAAAAAAUCUAAAAUGAAAGACGAUCAUUCGAGUUUACGAAAGAAUUCAAACGACCGGCGUUCCACCGACAGGGACGGCUCGAACGGCUCGAGUAAUAAAACCUCACCGUCUAACAGUUCGAGUUCCAAUGUAACGAGCAGCAAAUCGAGCACGUCGAAAGAUAAUCAUGUUAGUAAUUCUGGCAGCGAAACGUCUGACAGCAUCGAAGAAACACAAGUGAACGACUCAAAGUUGUUGCAUCAAACAAAUUGUAAAUUGUCUCAUGAAAUGAGUUCGCAACUGCAGGCAGACGAAAAGAGACAUUUGAAGAUGAUAACUGAUAAUAGUAACGAGGCAUACGAUAGGCAAGAAGAAGCAAAAAAAGAAGAAAAUACAGAUCCACGUGACACGAGCCUGCCGUUGAAAAAGAGGUCGCUGUCAGAUAAAGACGUUGAAUCAAGCGAUACAAAGUUAAUAAAAAAGCCGAAAUUUGCGAAAAACAUACACGAAGCUAAGAAACUGAUGAAACUUAGAAAACAAAUGGAAAAGCAGAAACUUAAGGAGGAUAAAAAGGUGGAAAAGAAUGUUGUACAGGAAGUAGAUCAAACAAAUCAAUCGAAUACGAAAAAUACUGAUGAUUUCGAAAUCGUACCGGAUGACGAACGGGUUCAAAUUAUAGAGGUUACCGACGAAGAGUACGAAGAACCUUAUCCUGAGAAGUACGAACCUCGUUUAAUGCUGGACGAGAGAUCGAUAAUAAUGCCAGGAACCGAGUCUUGUGCAAACAACCUUCAAAAAGAACUGGGUGUAGAACAAUCUCCAAGUGGAGUUGUAUCAAAUGUAUCAUCGAACGAAGCACAACAGGUCACACAGGAUUCAAAAACUAAAAAUGAGGAAAAUGACGCACAAUCUAACGAUUUGCAAGUUGAAGGUAUCAAAGACGCACAAGUGUCUAAAGAAACUGACGACUCUGAAGAAGUUUCAAAGAAUGAAAUACCAAAACCUACGACUGUUGAUGAGAAAAAAUAUCUACAAGCAGAGGAAGAACAUGUUUCGCAAAAGCUGGAAGAAACCGCAGCUUCAGAAGAAUCUGAUUCUCUGGGCCAUAAUAAAAACGAAAACGUGAAACAAUCGAUAGAGGAAAACGUGAUGAAGGAACGGGAUUAUAAUCAGUUAGAAACACCUAACAAUGAUAACAAAGAUGAUAAUAAAGAAACGAAGAAUGGCGAUACACUCGACAUACAGGACGAUAAUAAAGAAUCACCGGAUGAAAAACAAAUAGAAACAUCAUCCAAAGCUGACACAAUAGACUCACAUAUUACACAUAUAGAUUGUAUGGAAAAUAAACCCUCGUCCUCUGCAACCAGCGAGGACAACGAGGAUUGUCGUUACUUUAAUACUGACAACGAGAAAUCGGAAAGGUUCUCUAGUUUCUUGGAAUCUCUGGAGCUUAUGGAAAAUUCAUCUCUGGAGGAUAUAAUAGAGAGUUUAGGCGGCAAGGUGGUUUCCUCGAUACCGAAGUCCAUGGCGGCGCCGCCACUGCCGAAAUUGCGCAAACGUUCGUCCAGCCCCUUGUCAGACAUACUGGUGAACAAUUCGGACAACAAUAAUGACGAUCAUAAACAGAAAUUGUCAUCCUCCCCUAGCGAAGACGCAAUACAUAACGUCAAGAAGAGGAAAUUUACUAAAAAAUCAAGAUUCUCGAAUUUAUGCAACGCUCAGGGGAUCUCGAAUGGCGAGAAUUUUGUUAUGCCGCUGAGUCCCGACAGCGAUGUAUCCGCGACGAGCGACAAGACGGCAUCGUCAAACGUAAUCAAAGAAGAAAAGAGCCGUAAUAGGACCAGUCAUCAACGAUACUCAAGCGAUGACUUGUAUAAACCACGUCCGUUAUUUUCAAGUUCUUCUCGUCGAAGCAGACGAUCUAAUCAAGCAUAGCUAGCGCCCCGAGGAUUCAGGUCGAAUAAGCUUUGCACAAUUCCCAAGCAUAUUUAUUUCAUUUCGCUAUACAGUAAGAUGCAGUAUAUAUCAAUACAAUAAUUUUUUUUUCAAUUUACUAUGUUUUAAAAAUGUUUUAUUUAUUAUUAAACAAUAACGUACAGUUAUGCAUAUAGUUAGUUGGGCAUUUGUAAUUAUUUAAAAUUCAGAUAAUACAUACCGAAUUUUGUAACACUUUCUAACACUUCGGAUAUUCGUUUAUAUUUUUAUUUGCUGAAAUUUUAAGUACGGACUAGGAAACUACAAAUAUAAGUUACAAAUUAUAAGAACUUGCAGUAUAAAGUUUAAUCUUAUAUCUAUGAAGUUUAAUUUAUAUUAACUAAAUUUUCAGUUUUGUUUAUUAAUUAGAAUAUACCUUUAUCAAAAAUUUUUAAACAUUUUAAGACAAUGAAAUAUUAUCAGUUUCAACUAAUCUAACAUCUUCCAUAUAAUAUCUAAGUGUUAAAGUAGUCUAUAAUGUUGAACAUUAUAAGAUCGAUUGUGUAAAUCUUGGAAAGUGCGAGUGUUAAAGGAAACGUAUAUCUUUUCUUUCGAUACAAUAUACUCGUCUGCAGAUUAUUGAAAAAUGAGUGUUUCUACUUGUACGUAUGUAUAUAUGUAUGUUUUUGUGUACGAGUGAUUGUCCGCAGAUACACAUGUUUUAAACACAAUUUUACAAUUAUUAAAAUUAUAAAUUUAUCA